AUGUCGAGGUCGCUCCGUUCGCGUCCCAUGACGCUGUACGCGCAAGAGGGCCAACCCGUCAUCCCGCCCGUCCCCAGCACGCAUGCGUAUCCACACGCCUCGUCUUCAUCGUCCUCGCACCCGUCCCACUCGCACGACGGCGCCUCGGCAGGCGGCAGCAGCAGCAGCACGCGGCAUGUGCUCAAAAAGUCCAAGAAGAAGGCGUCCGAAGUGGGCAGCAAUCUCAAGAAGCGUCUCUCGAUGCGCUAUGCCGAGCCUACGCAGCUGGGCCCGGGCGGGUUCAGCGCUGCGCCUGCAGUCCCGCGCCUGCCGCCCAUGCCCGAGAUUCAGAUCGACGACCGUCCGCACCGCGACAUGGACGAGCGCUAUCUUGCGCCCAUCGCCGAGUCGGCAUCACGGCGAGCGAGUGGCGACGACGACGCCGCGUACGAUCCGGACGACGCCGAGCUGAAUGCGCUGCGCAAGUCGUCUGACACGGCGCGCACGCGCACCGACGUGUUUGAGCGCGAUCCCGCCGUAGACCUGCAGCUGCUCAGCCAGGCCGAGUUCGACCCGCAGGCGUAUCUGCGCGCCAAGCUCUCGCACCACUCCGAGUCCAGCCUGCGCACGUUCAAGGCGUCGCUCGCCGCCGCCAAGGGCGCCGCCAACGACGACCUCAAGCGACAGGUGUUUCGCAACUACUCGGAAUUCAUCACCAUCUCCAAGGAGAUCGCCACGCUCGAAAACGACAUGCUCGAGCUCAAGGAGCUGCUCGCCGAGUGGAAGCAGCUACCGCAUGCACUCGAGCUCGACGAUUCGUCGUCGUCCUUCUCGUCGUUUUCGCGUAAUGCAAAGCAGCCGACCAAGACGGCCAAUCGAAACAGCACCGUAGAUCUGCAGCAGAUCUACAGGGCACAGAUCACCUCGCUCUGGGAGGGCAUCGAGGGCUCCCAAAAGUUCUUGCCCUACGUGCCCGGUCGCCACCUCAUCGCCGAAGCCAGCAGCUUCACCGAGCUCAAUGCCGCCACGUACAAGCCGCAGCACAGCGUCGCCCUCUUUCUUCUUGACGAUCUGCUGCUGAUUGCAACGCGUCGCAAGCGUCAGAUGAGCUCCAAGGUGCGACUGGUCGCCGAGCGCUGCUUUAGCCUCGCCGAGAUCGUCGUCAUCGACCUCAAGGACGGCGGCGACUUGACCAACGCCAUCAAGAUCAAGCGCGCACGCGAGAGCUACGUCUACCGCACCGACCGCGCCCAAGACAAGCGCGCGCUCCUCAACGCGUUUCGCCGCGUCGCCGAGGAGCUCGCCAAAAAGCGCCGCCACGACGCCGACUACGGUGCCGCCGAGGCGGCCAAACGUCACUCGACGCUGCUUGCCUCUCCCACGCUCGCCCAGAUGGGAAUCGAACGUGCCGACGGUGCAUCGAGCCUGUUGGCUGCGUUUGAUUCCUUGUUGACGCCCAUCGGGGAGGAUGGUGAGGGUGGUGCGGGGGGUGAGGUUGGCGUGAUGGCGGCAGCGGCAGCAACCGCUGCGUCCGAACGCAAGGAUCCCGGUCGGUGGAACAAUGAGUUUGCCGACGAGUUGGCGGUGUGCAUUGCGCUGCGCGAGUGGGAUCACGCCGUAACGCUCAUCGAAAAGGGGCGUGGGGUGUUGUCGACAUACACCUCUUCGGAUGCAGCGUCGAUUGAUCUUGCCUCCAAACUGGCGGUGCGGGCGCAGGAGUUGGUGACGGCGAUUUCGGGCGACUUUAUGCGGCAAUCGCUCAAAAAGUCGGCCGUGGUUCGCAAUGCCUCGUACCUGUUACGGUUGGAUCGAGGCGAAGAAGCGAGGAGGUUGUUUUUGGAUGCGCGCACGCAGCUGCUCAAGAAGCGCACGCGCCAGAUCAAGUUCGAGGGCGACACGGGGCUCUACAUCUCCGAACUCGCCACGGUGCACUUUACGCUCAUCCGCAAUACGGCCGAAUGGUACAUGGCCGCCUUCAAGGACGGCAAGAUGGCGAGUGGAUUUGUCCAGUGGGCGUGCGAGCGCGUCCAAGAGUACGCCGAACUUUUCAGAAGACAGGUGUACGGCGUGGAGCACGAAUCGAUCCAACAAUCCGCACUGGUGAAGGAGGUUACGCAGAUCACGGUGCAGCUCGCCGCCAUGCUCAAGGACGUCGGAUUGGACGUGAGCUUUUUGCUCGAACCCCUGCUCGAACCGCCACCCACCAAUGCCCAAGCUGCCGAUACCGUGCCAAAGCUCGUCUUUACAAGGUCGAGUAGGCUCGAUCUCGGGACGCAUAGUAGCGAGCACGAGAGAAAACCCCAUGCGUCUGCACAGGAACUGCGUCGUCAAAGCGUCCUCCCCGCGCGGUCAUAG